UGGCGUGCCAGUCUCAAGUAUACCUGCAUACUGCGCGGGCGCACGGCACUCGCGCGUUCAUUUACGAAUUUCGAUUAAGCAGCGCCCCCACCAAUAGUAUCGGACACCGCCGUCCAUUCGUAUAGUGUUGUGAUCUCACUGGAAAGGCUUGGAGCCCAUCAACAAACACUCUUAGAUCACACUAAAAUGGCUCUAAUAUUGCAGUAUAUAAAUGAUAUGCAUAUAUUUAUGGAUAAGUAUGGAGAUCCUAGGACAAAUCCAUGGUUACUCAUGAGCUCACCAUUUCCUACUUUAUUGAUAUGUCUUAGUUAUGUUUAUCUAGUCAAGGUUCUUGGGCCACGUUUCAUGGAAAAUAGAAAACCUUAUGAAUUAAAAAACUUAUUAAUAGCUUAUAACUUUUUACAAGUUGUUUUUAGCACAUGGCUUUUCUAUGAGAGCAUGAUGGGAGGCUGGCUGGGCCAUUACAGUUUUCGAUGUCAACCAGUGGACAGAUCAAACAAUCCUAUAGCUAUUAGAAUUGGUGCUGCCGGUUGGUUCACAGGCAGGUAUAGCUUUCAAUGUCAGCCGGUGGACCACUCCAAACAUCCACAAACUAUGAGGAUGGUUCAUGCUUGCUGGUGGUAUUACUUCUCAAAAUUCACUGAAUUCUUCGAUACGAUCUUCUUUGUGCUAAGAAAGAAAUUCGAUCACGUGUCAACCCUCCAUGUAAUACACCACGGCGUGAUGCCGAUGUCGGUCUGGUUCGGUGUCAAGUUCACACCUGGCGGCCAUUCUACGUUCUUCGGACUUUUGAAUACUUUUGUUCACAUCAUCAUGUAUACUUACUAUAUGCUCGCUGCCAUGGGACCUCACAUGAGGAAAUACCUCUGGUGGAAGAAAUACCUCACCACCUUACAAAUGGUCCAAUUUGUUGGUAUCAUGGUACAUGCGUUCCAGCUGUUGUUUAUUGAGUGUGACUAUCCUCGCGCAUUCGUAUGGUGGAUAGGAAUGCAUGCGGUCAUGUUCUUCUUCCUCUUCAAAGACUUCUACAACCAAUCUUAUUCUAAACCUAAGGCUCGUGCCAAGUCACCUGUGCCGGUUCAAACGAAAAUUGAAGACGUUAUGGACAUAACUUAUAAGAACGGUGUAAAGAAUGGUUAUGCUAUAGGCCAUACAAAUGGUCUCGUCCGAGCGAGAACUGUUCUGCCCGCUGGCAAUUGACCUCUAAAUACCUCACUCUGUGAUUCAUAGCGUCUACUUGACACAACCCACAAACCCACAUUAACCCUCAUAAUCAUGUGAGUUCUUAAGCUCAGUGGAAAAUGGACCUUAGGGCAAUGGUGCAGGACAUACUACUGAUUAGAGUUAAAUGUGAUUUAUCUAGUGUAUAUAUAAUGGUAUCAGUGGUGUAAAUUUUAUUUUUUAUUGAUACAAUAUAGCUAGAUUAUGUGAUCGCAUAGCGUUUUGUACUGCUAUAAAUAUAUCGCCUGUCAUAACCUCCCGCAAUGGACUUAAUAUGUUUGGUGCUGAAUUGAAAUAACAUAGCAACAAAUCUAUAUAAUUGUCAAUUAUUUUGAGUAUUAUAUUGUAUUUUCUAUAAUUUUUAGUGCAAUUAGUUUGAUUUAUACAUAAUGUUUUUGUAACUUUUUUAUUGUAAUGUACUGUUUGAACUGAACAAAACGCCGGACACUUUGGGAACAAACCACUACAUAGUUUGUUUUAAUGCAAUGUAAAUUUAUUAAUACAUGUAAUUCGUGGAUUGUUAUUGUUUGUUAUUGUAAAAAUUGUACAUAAAGUAUAAAUACUGUUGCAUUGUAAUUAUCUGGACAUAUAAAAUUACUGUUAUUCAUGUAGGGUAGUAUUAAAUUUGUUCCCAGUACAGAUUUUGCUCAGCGCUGCCAAUAUAAGAACAUCUCUCGCACUACUCUCUUUAUACAAAAUGCAAUGCUGUUAUUUUGUAACACUUAGACGGUUGUGUUGGCUAUUUAUUUUGUUUAAUUUUAAUUUUAUUUAUAUACCAAAUAUAUAACGAGGUAACAUCCCGAUGUCGCUGCAAACUUAGUGUCUUAUUUUAGUUUACCAGAUAGGUACAAAAAUUAUUUAGUCAAAAUCAUGUUUAUCGUUAGUUAGAUUAAUUUGAAUUAUUAUAGUUUGCGGUGAUUCUGGAUGGGGGGCUUUCUAACGUAAUAUUUAUUGUUACGCGAGUUGCGAGAAUGCUUUAUAUGUGUAACAUUGGGCAUUCUUCCUCUCAACAAAAAGACAUAAUUUAACAACGGGUUUGUAGCAAUAACCAUUGAUAUUUAAAUUCAGUCUUCCGUUUUGAUUUGUACUUACCAGAUAUUAGGUGCUUUGAGUUUUUCGAACAGUUGUUGUUGACUGCGGAUAGGCUAAAGCUCGCCAUUUUGUAAAUAUAAUUUUUGUUUUAUUAGUGAUAUUGAAAUCAUUUAAUGUAAUAUUGCAAUUUUUAUACAAAAAUGCAAAUAAACUAUAAGAAUAAA